UACAGGUAUCGAAGGGCAAAUUUUUUCUAAAAUUAAAAUGAAAAAUUCACUUUUAAAAAAAUUGCUUUUAACUGGUUUACUCACUUUUUUAAAUAUAGAAAAUUUUAAAAAUUGUUUUGCUUCUGGUAAUGCAGUAGAAGAAUUUCUUGACAGUAUUUAUCCCUGGAAGGGAUGCGGUGAAAGCAAAGAAGUUGAGGAAAUUAUUCUAACGAAGGAUAAAAUUAAAGAAUUGAAAGAGAUGCCCGAACAUGAAAGAUUAGAUUUUCUUUGCAGUAGAAAUGUUUUACAACCAGUGGAAAUGCAAAAACAAUUAAGAUGUAGAUAUGUCAAUAGGGGAGAUCCAUUUUUACAAAUAGCACCCUUUAAGGAAGAGGAACUUUAUUUGGAACCCAGAAUCCUUUUAUUUCAUGACAUCAUUUCUGAUGCAGAAAUUGAUCUUAUUACAGCUUUAGCUAAACCGGAGUUUGCAGCUGCUGGAUUUAAAAAUGUUGAAUCUGGUAUGAUUGAAGUGGAUGCCAAGUUGAGGGACACCCAAACAGGCUGGUUACAUGAUAUGGAUCAUAGAUUUGUACAUAGAUUAAGUACAAGAAUAGGUGACAUGACUCAGUUGAAUAUGGAAACAGCAGAGCAAUUACAGAUCGCCUAUUACGAAACUGGAGGUCAUUAUAGGCCCCAUUUUGAUUUUGCUCUUUUUGAUGACUCAGAAAUGUUUAAAGAACUUGGAACUGGAAAUAGAAUUGCUACUGUACUUUUUUAUUUUAAUGAGGUUGAAGAAGGAGGAAAUACAGUUUUUACAGAAAUAAAUCUUUCUAUUAAACCAAAAAAAGGAGCUGCAGCAUUUUGGUACAAUCUUAAACCAGAUGGAGAAAGAGAUUAUUUAACUUUACACUCAGCUUGCCCCGUAUUAUCUGGUGUCAAAUGGGCGGCAAAUAAAUGGUUGCAUAUAUUUGGACAAGAAUUUCAUCGACCUUGUUCAUGGAAUAAUGAAACAAUAGUAUUAAAUUAAUUUUAGUUAUAUAAAAGGAAAUUAAAUUAAAAAUACUUUAUACUAGCAUAAUAAGCGAAUC